UGUAUCUACAAAUAUCUAUGAAGAAGGAUUUGUGAAUUUACCUGAAGCAAGACUCGGAGUAAUUAGUUCGAGGAUAGUUACCCUAGAAGGGUAAUUUACAUGAUUACGACAACUAUAAACAGAAACUCAAGCAUGCCACGCAGCAAAGCUCUGUUCGUGACGCUACUUCUGGUCUGCGUGUACGGACGAGUGACUUCAGUGCAUCCGCAUCUGGAUGACGUGGUAUCCUUUCCCGCCAUCCAACUCUUACAGAAUUCAAGUUUAAAAUCCACAUCGAACAUCGGAAUCCUGAAUCCCAAAUUGGAUUCUGGAAUCUAUAAUCCAAGAUCGGAACCUAGAAUCUUAAAUCAAAUAUCAGAAUCCAAAUCCAUUGAACCAAACGCGCCGCCACGAAGCGCAGAUCAAACCAUUGAAUUCCUGCCGUGUGAUAACAUCACGCAAAUUCCAUGCGCGUAUGGAGACUGUACAUGUACAGAACAUUACGGCAACAUCACCACAGACGUCUCGUUCACUGGUCCCCUGACGUUCAAGUUCAGAGUCAGCCCAAACAAGACCUUGGAGGUGAUGAUCUGGAUGGAUAAGAAUGACCUAUCAACGUUAUCAUCAUCAUCAUGUAACUUCAUCAUCAACGGUCGGCAGUAUAGUGACAAGAACGCACUUAGGGCGGUCACCACAUUCUACACCACCACUGAUGACAACAUCACCGUCACUGCUGCAUCACCAUCAUGCUACAUCAGCAUGAGAUAUGCUGCCGUCGAGCCGAAGUUCAAGACCACGGAGAUACCAGCCAACCACACCACAGGCACCAUCACCUUCCCGGACGAAGUAUCACCAUCAAUCGAAAAUUAUGGUUAUGCUCCACAACAAAGGAUUAUGUACGUGUUCUCGUACCCCAACAACCACGUGGUGGACUUCACCAUCACCAAACUAGAUCUUGGGUCGCGCUCGACUGUCCUCCACGACAACCUCUCUACCAACAACCUUACCACCAACGACUUCAUCUUGGUCGGGCUCGGUUCUGAAAUAUUCGAAAGAACUGAAGAACUUUUGUAUGGGAAUUUAGCGUCCGAAAAAACCAUUCGGAUAAACUACCCGUCCGCCCACGUGGUCUUCUUUGCAGACUAUCAUGAACAGCUCGCCACUGGCUUCUCUAUAGACUACGAGGCUGUCAGAGUCACUACAGUAGAGACGACCACGGCACCCCCCACCACCACACACCUGGGCUGCUAUGAACGGAGCUCAACAGUAUCAUACAUAACAUUACCGCAGGGCUACGACAGCACGGCUAGCCUCGAGGCAGGGUUCCAGGAGGCUAUGGCUGCCGCCGCCACACAGUACAUAUACAGCAGCGGCCUGCUGGUGCUGGCUCCUGCUAAUGUCAGCGCGUCAGACGUGCGCGUGGACGUGUGUGCGACGUGUAAUCAACACGCGUGUACGUCAUCCUGUGCUGCAUUCAACUUCACCAUCAACAAACUGGACGCAACGGAACGCAAUUGGGCCUUCACCAAGGACGUUCUCAAUCAAAUGCUGGGAGACGAGGAUGUGCAGAGAGCGCUGUCAGAGACCAUGUGCACAAACUGUACG